UCUAUGUUCCAGCCGCCAACUCUCCGACCACCCGUUGUCUGUUAAUGGGCUGCCUAAUGACGUCACCAGUUGGUUACGUUUAUAUGCUUAUUCUUACUAAAAAUGUGGCACUUUCCUAUUUAAAAUCAACCAGCAAACAGUUUAAUUAGAAUAGGGAUAACCCUACUGUGUUUUUCAAUUUGUGGACGUAUAUUGGUGAUUUUACUGUCACAAUUUCAGUUUUAUUGGCGACGCGUUAGUAGUCAGCCGAAGUGUUCCGAAUGUGAAUCAAUUAUGACGUCACAAAACAAAAACAUUUGACGUUUUAUGACGAGGCAGCUAAUCUGAAGUGCUAUUUUGAGUUGAGUUCCUUCACUGAUUCUCUCUGGGCGUAAUUGGCGACCUGAUUUGGGGACUCGUGGCAGACACUGCGAUCUCUGGCUCAUACAGUAUGACUUGUUGCAGAAGUACAUUGUGAUCCGUAGCAGAUACAUCGUGUAACUUUUGAUGGCAGAUACACUGUGACUUGUUGCAGACGUACACUGUGACUCAUAGCAUACACACAGUGAGACUUGUGGCAGAUUGUGACUCAUAGCAUACACACAGUGUGACUUGUGGCAGAUACACUGUGAAUUGUUGCAGAAGUACACUGUGACUCAUAGCAUACACAGUGUAACCCGUAGCAAACACAGUGUGACUUGUGGCAUAGGUACACAGUGACCUGUAGCAAUGAUCUGUAACUGACACACUGUGACCUGUAGCUGACACACUGUGACCUGUAGCAGACACACUGUGUCCGGAUGGAGAAACACUCUGCGAUCACGAACCUCAAGAUGGCUGAACAAGAAUUCCAACAUGACCUUCUGGCGUACGCCCUCGCCGUGGCCGUCUUUAACAUGGUUUUCAUAUUUUACCUUUUUGUUUCAACUUUCUUUGACAACCCGCAUCUCGAUCAGUUUUUAAUGAGUGAAGUUGUCACCAUAUCGUUUGCCAUUCGGGACUCCGGCAGUACGUUGCUGGCUGUGGAAUAUCAACCACGAAGGCCAAACUUUCCAAAUAUGGUCACAGUAUUUCAAAACCUAUGCAACACGGUCAGCAUGGCCGUGGUUAUUGUGUUGUCUACCAUUCGGGACACUAUAAACGCAUUGUGGUCUAGGACACCUCGAAUAGAAAGACCACACGUUUUACAGCAGGGUACUGUACGUCCAGACGGUUCAACCUCGGAAACAGAAGGUAACAACGUUUCAGAGACGCAAGUAGAACGUGAACGCAGUCGCGAACUGAAUGCUUUAGAACCAGUAACACAUAGUGGAAGCAGUCUGACUUUCGGAUCAGAAAUUGUAGACCAUUUAACACCGGGGAGUAGAAACAGUUCAGAACGUCUGACAAAAAUAAGCACGGAUAUGGAAAGUAAAGCAAGUUCAGAACUUGUGACAAAAAUAAGCACGGAUAUGGAAAGUAAAGCAAGUUCAGAACUUGUGACAAAAAUAAGCACAGAUAUGGAAAGUAAAGCAAGUUCAGAACUUGUGAUAAAAAUAACCACGGGCAUGGAGAGUAGAAACAGUUCAGAACUUCUGACAGAAAUAAGCACGGACAAUGAAAGUAAAGGCGGUUCAGAACUUGUGACCAAAAUAAGCACGGACAUGGAAAGUAAAGAUAGUUCAGAACGUGCGAUAAAAUUAACCUCGGGCAUGGAGAGUAGUAGAAACAGUUCAGAACUGCUGACAAAAAUAAGCACGGGCAUGGAAAGUAGAAACAGUUCAGAAUUGAACAGAAAAAUAAGCACGGACAUGGAAAGUAGAAACAGUUCAGAAUUGAACAGAAAAAUAAGCACGGGCAUGGAGAGUAGAAACAGUUCAGAAUUGAACAGAAAAAUAAGCACGGACAUGGAGAGUAGAAACAGUUCAGAAUUGAACAGAAAAAUAAGCACGGACAUGGAAAGUAGAAACAGUUCACAACCCGGAGUGGAUGAAAACAAAUCAGAACAGGGCUCACGAGUACAAAGCGAAGAGAGUUUAGAAAAAGAAGAACAAAGUGAAGAGAGUUUAGAAUCUAAAGCAAGUGGACACCCUUUAAAACCAGAUGUAACAAAUGAGAGCGGGUCAACAUUAGCAAUGGAAAGUAAAAAUAGUUUAAAACCAGAACUACAAAAAGAUAAUAUUUCAAAUGAAAAAGAUUCAGAACUGGGUGUAGAACUUGAAAGUAGUCUAGACAAAGAUGUAAAACGUGGAAACCGUUUAAAAGCAGAAAGUAGUCUAGACAAAGAUGUAAAAAGUGGAAACAGUUUAAAAGAAGAAGAAAAUGAACACAAUCUAAAACCAGAAUUAGAAAGUACCAAUAGUUUUAAGCCAGAAGAAGGCGCAAACAGAUCAGAACUAGAAGAAAGUAGUGAAAACGAAUCAGAAUUGUUGGUAGAACUUGAAAGUAAUUCAGACCAAGAUUCAGACAGUGGAAGCCGUGUGUCAGCAGAAGGAAUCUCUGAAAACAUUUUAAAAAGAUUAAAUGCAGACAAUUCUGACUUGGAAGUAGCGAGCAAAAACACUCUAAAAGCCGAAGAAAGUGAAGACGAUCUGAAACCAGAGGUACAAAGUGAAAACAGUUCUAAACUAGUUAUAAAAAAGUGGAAACAGUCCAUAAACAGAAACAAAACAACUCUAGAAGCGGAAGAAAGUGAAGACGAUCUGAAACCAGAGGUACAAAGUGCAAACAGUUCUAAACUAGCUAUGAAAAGGUGGAAACAGUCCAUAAACAGAAACAAAAACUAAAAAGUUUAAAACUGGAUGUUAAAACUGCCAAAGAUUUAACAUCUGAGACGGAAGUAGAGACUGUAGAACCAGAACUAGAAAAAGAUAAUAAUAGUUUAAUAACCCAAAACAGUUAAAAUAUUUUGAAAUCAGAAGUAGAAAGUAGAAAGAUUAGAAGCCGAAGAAUGUAGUGAAAAGGAUUCAGAACUUGAUGUAGAACUUGAAAGUAGUUUAGAAUCAGAAGCACAAAUUCAAAUCCGCUUUUAACCAGAACUACAAAAAGAUAAUAUUAUUUUAAAAUCAGAAAAAAUAAAAUUAAAAACAUUUUAAAAUUAUUCAGUACAGACAGUUUCCAAUUAGAAGAAGAGUAUUGAAAAGGAAUUGGAUCGGGACAUAGAACUAACAAGCUGUUUAGACUCCGCUGUAGAAAGAGCAAACCGUUUAGAAACAGUUCCAGAAAUAAUGAGUUCUAAAUCUAAAAUAAAAAAGUGGAAACAGCACAGAAACACAAACAAAAAAUAAAAACACUUUAAAAUUUAAUGUUGAAAUGCAAAAGGUUUAAAAUUUGAGUUUGAAACUGAAAGCAGAUAGAGGGAACAGUUUAAAUUUGUAAAUAGAACCCCAAGUGAGAAAGCCAAAGCCCUUUGGAACCAGAACUAGAAACAAGUGCAAUAGCUUAAAAGCAAAAGCCGACAAUGAAAACGUUUCAAAACCAAAGGUGUGAACUAAAAGUGCAAACGGUCUAAAUCCAGAAGUAAAAAAAUUAUGUAAAGACACCAGAUACCCAAAGAAGGUGGUGAAAUCAGUUCAAUACUUGGCGUAAAGUUUGUAAGCCGUUUAGAAUGAAACGUAAAAUGUGAAACCGGUUCAGUGUUUGAUAUAGAAAUUGGAAACGGUUUAAAUCGGAACUAGACCUUAAAGGUAAAUGUGCAAACAGUUUAAAACCAGAAAUCCAAGAAGUCUGAAAGCGGAAGUAAAAAGUGGAAUGACUUAUGGAUUGAAUCAACAAGUUGUUUAGAAUCAGAAUUAGAACGUGGAUAUAGGUUAAAACCGAAAAUAUUAACUCGAAACGAAUUAAAACAGUUAAAAACUGGAUGUGGCAGUCGCGAGACGUUUAGAUUCAGAAAUGGAAGGUUAAAAACAAAUGUCUCUUAGGCUCUGCUAGACAACAAAGCAUCCUCUUUGCAAGUCUUCUAGCAUUGCACUGCGAGAUCGCAAAGUUGCGAGAGUUUAGUGAAUUAGGCCCCAGAAGUAGUUGGACAACUUCAUAGCGAAAACAAUUUAGCACUUGAUGUAACCAUAAUUGCAAAUAGUUUUAAACCGGAGUUAAAACUAUAGAAGUAGAAAAGUGGAAGUUAUUUAGAACCAAAAUGAAUAAAUCUAGUAGAACGUGCGAAUAGUACACAAUUUGGAUAAAGUAUUUACAAACUGUU